AACAUUCACUCUUGAACUCUCUCUUCCUGUUUCCAAUCACUUUUCCAAGAAAACAACACUUCAAUAUCAAGUCUUUGCUUUUUGUUUUCUUUCUCUUUAAUUAAGAAUUUUCAUCUUUUUUUUUUUUUUCCCUCUAUAGAUUUUUCAAACCAUAGUCAUAAAAUUUUAAAAAUGGCUCUAAUUUGCAUGGCAAUCAUUUAUUAAUAGUAUCAUAUCAUAUUCCUUUAUAGUAGUAUCUUCAAAUUAGUACCAGUAUCAACUUUUCUUGGAUCUUCUCCUUCCUCUUCCUUCUCUUUUUUGACUGAUAAAGCACUUCUUUUUUUCCAUUCCCAAGAAAAUAUUCAACAAGAGACAUACUUCCAAAGUACAAAAAAGGGUAGUAAAUGUCUCCAUUUUGAUAACUCUGUGUUGUCUGGAUCACCUUUCACGCACCUCGAUUAAAUUCACUUGAUACCUCAUGCCACCUCUCAUCGUUAACAAUUUUUCACAACUUUUGUUUUGAUAAAAGUAAUGUUUGAAUCAGCGUUCACGUAUCUCGACUAAAUUCACUGAGAUAUCUGACACCUCUGAGCAACUGUUUUUUUCUAACUUUAGAUCUGAAAAAAUAUUGUCCCCUAUCUUUCUCUUCCAACAAAGCCCUUUUCUUGAUAUUUAGUACUAUGAUUCUUGACCACCCCAUACAUUAAUUUCCUCAACAAGAAGAACAAAGAAAAAAGAGAAUUCUUGGAGAAAAAAAAGUUAUGAUUAGGCAAAAUUGGAAUGUACAAGAAUGCAACAAUAAGGUGAGAAAAAGGGGAGGAGGAUCAUCAUCAUCAUCAUCUUCAUUAGUACAAAGAUACAGACUAAAGAGGGCAGUUUUGGUAGGAAAAAGAGGAGGAGGAGGAGGAAUAGGAACAAGUAAUAGUACAACACCAGUACCACUGUGGAAAAUGAAGUCAAGAUCACCAUCAUUGAAGAAUGAUAAUGGAAACAGUAGUAGAAAGUUAUUCAAGAAUCUGCAGCAGCAGCAACAACAACAACAGCAACAAGAUUUGUCAGUUUCAGCAAGGAAACUUGGUGCUACUUUGUGGGAAAUCAAUGGGGUUGUUCUACCUAUACCUAAAAAAGAAGAGAAUUUUUUGAAGUCAUCAGCAAAAUUUGGUGCUGUUGGUUUGGAGUUGUCUGAUCCUUCUCAAAUUAGUCCUGUUACUGAGAGAAUGGAGAGAUCUAAAGAGGACAGUCAUAGAAGAAGAACUAAUACAAUUGGUUCUCACAGAAUUCUGCAGACUGAUUUCUCUUUCCAAAAUGGUUGCUUGAUUGAGGUUGAUCAGACACAAACUCGUGGAUCGAGUGUAAACAAACAUCGGUUAAAGGAUGUCAAGAAUGGCCUCUCCGCGUCUAAGGAGCUUUUGAAGGUUUUGCAUCGCGUGUGGAGUGUUGAAGAGCAUCAAGCGACGUGUCUAUCCCUUUUCUCGGCGAUGAAAGCUGAGCUUGAUCGUUCGUGUAUCCAGGUGACUAAGUUGAUUCACGAACAAAGAUAUAAUAACCAACACGGUGAGUUUGACGUCAUGUUGAAGCAGUUUGAAGAAGAGAAGGCGGCGUGGAAGUUAAAAGAGCAAGACAAGAUUCACGCGGCCAUAACAUCUAUAGCUAAGGAGCUCAAGGUAGAGAAGAAGUUGAGGAAGCAAACCGAGAGGCUAAACAAGAAGCUCGGUAAGGAAUUGGCUGACACGAAAGCUUCUCUGUUGAAAGCAACGAAAGAACUUGAAGGCGAGAAGAGGGCAAGGGAGAUAUUGGAGCAAGUGUGUGAUGAAUUAGCUAGAGGUAUCGGAGAAGACAGAGCCGAGGUAGAGGAAUUGAAGAGACAAUCGGCUAAAGUUCGUGAAGAGGUGGAGAAGGAAAGAGAAAUGCUUCAACUAGCUGAUGUUUUACGCGAGGAAAGAGUUCAAAUGAAGCUAUCGGAAGCCAAGUAUCAAUUUGAGGAGAAAAAUGCAGUUGUUGAUAAGCUAAGGAACGAGCUCGAGGCCUAUUUGAGAUCAAAAAAGGGACAAGAACAACGCGGUGAGUCACCUAACUAUGAAAAAAUCAAAGAACUCGAGAGGCAUUUGAGAGAAACUCUUCCAAGCACGUGUUAUUACCAAGACAAAGAGAAGGAAAAUGGGGAAGUACUCGAUAAUGAUGAUGAUGAUCAAGACGAUGAUGACAAUGACUCAGCUGACAGUGAUCUUCACUCAAUCGAGCUAAACAUGGACGAUAACACCAAAAGCUACCAAUGGUGCAGCGCUCUUCAGGACGAUCCAAAGAGAUCAUCGGUUUCUGACAAAAGCAAAGCGAGGAGGUCUAUCUCGGAGAAGUUCCAAAGGCAGACUAUUCCCAUAGAGAGGGAAACAUCAGAUGGCAUAGAAUGGGAAUUCUCCGCGGGUGGAGGGAAGGAGAACAUGUCAAACAUGGACACGUUCGAUAAAGGGAGAUCAAACUUUCUUGAAAACGGAUCAGUCUUCGAGUUCUCUUCUCAAGUUUGGAGAAAAGACUGCGAAGACGAGAUAGAGAGGUACAAAAUGAUCAAGGAUCUCCGAGACCAUAUCGUGUCUGCAUCGCGAAAAACACCAUCUCAACAUGGCUUUUCGAGUCCGAGUAAGAACUGGAGCCAACCUUCAAAUGAUGCAGAAAGAGUGAUCAAUGAGGCAUUUGCUGUCUUGCAAGGAGCAAACUGAAGAAAUACUUUCUGCUGUUCGAUACAUUGUUUUACAUAAUUAAAUGAAAAUAUUUUCUGCUGUUUUUUUUUAUCUUCUCUUUAUGAAAUCAAUAUAGUUAAUACAAUUUUGUGGUUUGCCCAUUUUGUAUGACAUAUAAAAAUGUACAAAGUUUUGCUACUCUUCUUUUGGUAACAAAGAUGUUCUUAAGUUUCAAA